AUGACUUCUUUAAUAAAUAAUAACAACACAAUUACAAUUCCAAAACAAAAAUUACUAAAUAAUCAACAACCGGAAGAAGAAGUAAGGAAAAAAAGAGGGGCAGGAAGUAGUAAUUGUAUUCUUCUACCAAAUGGGAAAAAAACAAAAGGAAGAGUUAAAAUAAAAAUGGAAUAUAUUGGAAAUAAAUUGAGAAGAUAUACAACUUUUAGUAAAAGAAAAACUGGAAUUAUGAAAAAAGCAAAUGAACUUUCAACAUUGACAGGCACUCAAGUACUUUUACUUGUUGCAUCUGAAACUGGGCAUGUUUAUGCAUUUGCAACAAGUAAAUUAAAGCCUAUGAUACUCUCUGAACCUGGAAAACAAUUAAUUCAGAAUUGUUUAAACGCAACAGAAGAACAAAUAAUUGACCCAAUGCCAACAAAAACAGAAUUUACCUUUGAACCACAAACAUUAGGAAUAACCCCAAUAAUAACCCCUCAACAACAACAAUUAAAUAAUCCAAGAAAAAGAAAAUUAGUUUCUGAUUUAUUUCAAAUUAAUGAUUCUUCUAAUUCGGUGAGAAAAAAUUUUUAA